AUCAGCGACCGAGCGCCCACCAGCUCAACCGCCACCACCACCGGGGAGCGGGGCGCGGAGACGCAGCCAUGCCGAGGGGGCGCGACUCUCAGCCGGCCUGCCGCCGCCUCGUCUCCCGCUGGUCACGGAGGAGGAAUCCCCGAGGUUUUCCCUAAGUCCUCGCCGGCUCUCGGCACUAAAGCAGCGGGGGGAAAAAAUCGACGUCGUGCGGACUGAUCAUGACGUGACGGUUCUGGCUCGUGUGAAGCGAGCUUUCGAGAAGAAACAGGUUGCAGAGAUUUUACGUGAAAAGGGUUUGAUGGAGAUCUGGUCGAAUGUCCGCGGGAACGAUCGUAAUAGCGGGAGGAAUUCUUGCCGGAGUCAUACUGCUCUGCAUUGUUGCAGUACUCUGUUACUGCCGACUACAGUAUUACUGCUGCAAGAAGAAUGAGCGUGAUGCAAGCUCCGCCCCGGCGCUAUCGCCCGCCCCACCUUUGGAGACGCUUUCCGACCCACUCUCCCACUUCCCGUGUGACACGUGCGACGCGCUGGCCAACGACAGCGCUGCCGUGGCACCGGUCUCUUUGGCUGCCGGCACCCCAUGCCGCGCCUGCUCGCCGUACACUCGCCGCGCUGCCCCUCAGAUGCUUAACGGCGGCGAGCGUCUGGGCUUCCACACCUACUACGAGACCUCGCUACCUUUGGGCAACGUGUUCCCGGCCACCCCGCCGAGGCCCUACAGCACCGAAGUGUGACUCUUGAACUCCACAACCCCAUCCCACGUCAACAAGAACUAGAUGGAUGUGGGUUUUGACUGAAGCACAGAAAAGAUCCAUGAAGAACCAAACUUUUCAAAUUUUUCCCAAUGUUUUUCCAGCAUCUGUGUCACGUGACAUUGCGUGGGCUGGAUAGUUUAUUGCUUCCUCUUUUCCAGUUUUUGUUUCCUUCAACCGCUGCCGUUCAUAUUCUCAAGUUUCCAAACAAAAUUGAGCCCUCACAAAGCUCUUUUUUUUUGUUUGUUUGUUCCACAAACCACACAAACAAAAGCUUGCAUAUUGAUGCGUUCCAAAGUGCACAGCGUCAGCUCAUCAAACAUGAGUUUAAGCAUCUAUGGAUUUCUCUUAAUGUAAAAACAAAAAAAGUUUUAAGUCAACCUAUUUCACUUUAAUUUUCAAGUUUUGAUGGAAAAUUAAAGAAAAUUCAGUUUCCAUAAUUUUCGGACUAUAAGCCGCUACUUUUCCCCUCAUUUUGAAUCCUGCGGUUUAUAGUCCAAUGCGGCUUAUUUGUUGAUGUAUUUGGAUUAAUAGCUAAUACUUAUUUCAUCAGCGUUGUCGUAAGACUGCCAUAAGACCGCCAUAAUUAUGGCAUGACACUAUCAUGGCCAUUAAUGACUUCAUAUGACAGAUGUCAUUAAGUGUCAUCGGGCAAAUUAUGUCACUAACUCAAUUUAUAUUGUGCUUGGAUCGUUUACAUCCAUUCAAAAGUGAGAUAAUUUGCCAGAUGACACAAAAUGACAUCUGGCAUAAGCAUUCAUUAAUGCUCAUGGCAGUGUCAUGUCUUUAUUAUGAUGGUCUUAUGACAGUCUUAUCACACUGCUGUCAAAUGAAAUGUAACCAGAUACCAUAACUAGCAAUUGAUGAAACAACUGGAACAGUAACUGAAGAAAUAAUUAGCACAGAACAUGAAUUUUGAUUGUUAUUUACAUCUGUAGUGCUGCAAUACAUGCUAGGAGGCAUGUUGGACGAAAACAGUGUUGACGGCAGGUGGCAGCAGGGGUUGACUGUCUGCACCCAAGGGAGCAGUGAUGGUCAAAUGAAGCUUCUUGAAGCAAUGAAUGGUGGGUCAUUUGGUCUUAUGACAGUCUUAUGAUGCCUCUGUCAAAGUGUUACCGAUUAAUAUCUUUCUCAUACCACCACUGUCAAAUUGUGUUACCAGAUACCAUAACGAGCAAUUAAUGAAACAACUGGAACAGUAACUGAAGAAAUAAUCAGCACAGAACAUGAAUUUUGAUUGUUAUCUACAUCUGUAGUGCUGCAAUACAUGCUAGGAGGCAUGUUGGACAAAAACAGUGUUCACAGCAGGUGGCAGCAGAGGUUGACUGUCACUCCCAAGGUAGCAGUGAUGGCCAAAUGAAGCUUCUUGAAGCAAUGGUGGUUCAUUUGGUCUUAUGACAGUCUUAUGAUGCCGCUGUCGAAUAAAGUGUUACCAAUUAAUAUCUUUCUUAUAGCACAACUGUCAAAUAAAGUGUAACCAGAUACCAUAACUAGCCGCUUCUUACCGAUGAGCGCAUGUGUUGGACAUCUCGCCGCGUAAAAGAAAUGGCAGCAAUUCGUCAUGUGACAGUGACAAUUUACGUCAUCACCCCGAGCGUUGAUUGCAGGGAUAAAAACAUGGCGCCCUCCGUAGGUCAAAACAUGUACUAAAUAUUAUAUUUUUUAAUCGAUGGCAAGAUUUUAUGUGUUUCUCCUAACAUAUUUUAGUAAAAGAGAAUAACUGUGGCUUGUUAGAGCCUACAAGUCUAUAAGUCCCAGGUUCCCUUUUAGAAAAAAAGGAUCCAUAAUGUGGAAAAAAAUAUUGUAUUUAGUUAUUUACUUUUCUAAAAAAUUGUCAAUAUUUUGUAGUUAAAUAAUUGGACCAGUUCUUAGCAACAAUAACACAAUAUAGUCUAUCACCAAGCGGGACUGGUAACGAGCAUGUUGAUAACCUAUAUGUGGUGCAAGUACAAUAUUUAGAAGAAUGUUUUCAUAAUCAAUUUGGUAAAUGGACACAUACAUGUUAAAAAUGUUUUAUGAAGACAAUGUAUGCAGUUAGUUUGGGUAGAUCUUGUAAACUCACCAUUAGGAAAAACACAUGUUUUUUCCCUAUAAGACCAGUUUUUAGACCGCGCUGGAGUUUCUGUGCAAAGAGCCCACUGCCUUUUGGAUGGCUUAAUCAUAUUCAAAAUUAUCAUUAUCAAACACACUAUACCUCCUAUAAAAAAAACAAAAAACAAACUAAAACACUUUAAGCACUUUAAUUGAAACUGAUUUAUUUCUUACAUUUCUUUUGUUUUUCAUGAUUACUAUAUUAAUAUGUCAACGCUUGUCCUUUUAAGAGGUUUAAGGUACUCAAAAUCCUUCAAAGUUUUGCCGAAACUGAUGACUAUUUGUACAUUUGAAGGACUCAUGACUCACUUCCACAAGCUAGAAAGUGUGAAUCCAUGGCGUUGCCUGAAACUCACUUCUGUCAUUGAAAUCAUUUGGGAUUUAUAUUUAAAUACUAUUUCAUGCUGGAGUUUCACCCCCCCGCCCCUUAAGCCAACCCUCAGACUCAACACUCGCACAAAUGAAACUGAACAUGAGGGCUAACAGUUUUCCUGAAUCAGAAGUAGAAACAAAUGUUUUAUUUCAUGUUGUCAUUAUUAUAAUUGUUAUUGUGUGUAUUGUUCCCACGUCCUAAAAGCCGUGCAAGUGUUUACAGACUAUUUUAAAAUGUACUAUAUACUGUAUAUAUAGAGAAAAGAGUCAUGUCACAAAUACAAUAUACUCUUUUUAAUGACCGUGUUAAACACAGUGCCAGUGUGCAUGUAGUUGAUGUAUAAUAUAAAAAUAUAUUGACACCAAUAUGCUGUUAUUUCAGUUUCACACUGAAUACUGUACUUGUAACAAAAAAGCACCAUUUCUAUGGAUGAAGUCUGAUUUCCUCUUUUCUUUUUACUUCUUGAUGAAAAUGUGUAGUUUCGUUGGAUUAUGACACUUUUUGUUUCGCAUCAUAAAAGAUAAAUCAGGAAGUUAAUGUUACUCUGGGAAAACAGGCAGAAAGUUAGCGUAUGGAAAGGAAGAUAAAAAGAGUGUGAUAAUAUAAAUAAUAAAUAACUUUUUAAAGUUUUCUUUUAUUUUGACAGGAAUCCAUUUCGACUGGGAGUGUUUAUAGCGAUUAUUCAAAAGUUUUCAUUAUCUUAACGCAUUCACUGCCAGCUCAGGUCACAGAGUACAGUGCUGGCCAAAAGUAUUGGCACCCCUGCAAUUCUGUCAGAUAAUGCUCAAUUUCUCCCAGAAAAUGAUUGCAAUUACAAAUGCUUUGGUUGUAAUAUCUUCAUUUGUUUGGCUUGCAAUGAAAAAACACAAAAGGGAAUGAUUUUUUCUUUUCUUUUUUUAAAUCAUUAUCAUUUUACACAAAACUCCAAAAAUGGGCCGUACAAAAGUAUUGGCACCCUCAGCCUAAUACUUUAGACGAAAUAACUGCGAACAACCGUUUCCGGUAUCCAUCAGUGAGUUUCUUAUAAUGCUCUGCUUGAAUUUUAGACCAUUCUUCUUUGGCCAACUAAUCCAGGUCUCUGAGGUGUGAAGGGUUCCUUCUCCAAACUGCCAUUUUCAGAUCUCUCCACAGGUGUUCAAUGGGAUUCAUGUCUGGACUCAUUGCUGACCACUUUAGAAGUCUCCAGUGCUUUCUCUCAAACCAUUUUCUAGUGCUUUUUGAAAUGUGUUUUGGGUCAUUGUCCUGCUGGAAGACCCAGCUUUCUCACACUGAGCCCUACAUUAUGCUGCAAAAUUUGUAAUGCCAUGCACACGGUCAACCAGUCCAGUGCCAGAGGAAGCAAAGCAACCCCAAAACAUCAGGAAACCUCCGCCAUGUUUGACUGUGGGGACAGUGUUCUUUUCUUUGAAAGCCUAUUUUUUUCCUGUAAACUCUUUGUUGAUGCCUUAUCUCAAAAAGCUCUACUUUUGUCUCAUCUUACCAGAGAACAUCCUUCCAAAACAUAGUUUGCUUUCUCAGGUAAGUUUUGACAAACUCCAGCCUGGCUUUUUUAUGUCUUUGGGUCAGAACAGAAGUGGGGUCUUCCUAGGUAUCCUGCCAUAGAGUCCCUUUUCAUUCAGACGCCAACGGAUAGUACAAGUUGACACUGUUGUACCCUCGGACUGCAGGACAGCUUGAACUUGUUUGAAUGUUAGUCGAGGUCCUUUAUCCACCAUCUGCGCAAUCUUUCGUUGAAAUCUCUCGUCAAUUUUUUUUCCCGUCCACAUCUAGGGAGGUUAGCCACAGUGCCAUGGGCUUUACACUUGUUGAUGACACUGCACACAGCAGACACAGGAACAUUCAGGUCUUUGGAGAUGGAUUGUAGCCUUGAAAUUGCCCAUGCUUCUUCACAAUUUUGCUUUUGAAGUCCUCAGACAGUUCUUUGGUCUUCUUUUUUCUCCAUGCUCAAUGUGGUACACACAAGGACACAGGGCAGAGGUUAAGUCACCUUUAAUUCAUUUUAACUGGCUGCAAGUGUGAUUUAGUUAUUCCACCACCUGGUAUGUGCCACAUGUAAGUAACAGGUUCUGUUAAUUACACAAAUAUGAGCAGCAUCACAUGAUUUUUCAAAGAGUGCCAAUACUUUUGUCUGGCCCAUUUUUGGAGUUUUGUGUAAAAUGAUAAUGAUUUAAUUUUUUCCCAUUCUCUUUUGUGUUUUUUCAUUGCAAGCGAAAUAAAUGAAGAUAUUACUACCAAAGCGUUUGUAAUUGCAAUAAUUUUCUGAGAGAAAUUGAGCUUUAUCCGUCAGAAUUGCAGGGGUUGCAAUACUUUUGGCCAGCACUGUAUGUGUUGUGGUAGUGAGUAAAAAGCGGUAAUGUUUUGCCUUGAGGAAAAACUGCGUUUCCCAUGAGGACCAGUGCACACCCGCACAGUGUCGUAAAAUCAUGAUCUCCCCGGCGCCUGCAGAUGGAUUAAACGACACUUCUGUUUCAAGUGGCUGUGUGAAAGAUGAAUAGUAAUAAGGUAAUGAAUCCAGUUCUGGCUAAAUGAUAGCAUAUAUGACGGUUAGCAACUGUGUGGCUAAUGCCCCCACCCCACCCACAUUUGUCAGUGCUGACAGUUUGGUUGAGGUGGGGGAUUCACGCCAGUGAGUGAAAGCAGGGCCAAUGUUUAUAUUUGACUAUAUCCUUUUAUCCCUGGUAGCCAUUCUUUUUUUCCUCCUCGGACAAAACUUUUUGUUGGACAAAGCAUUCACAUUGACUUCCGUCUUUAUAACAAAAUGGGGAAGUGACGUAUGCUGUAAAGUGGUCAGCACAUUUACAGUUUUUUUUGUGUGUGGCAGGGUUCCUGCCACCCUACUCAAAUUUUAAUUAGCACCGGUGAAAGCGAAACUGACCUCCUCAAGACAUAAAAGAAGUGUCAUUCAACUAGUUGUCAGUCAACAUAUCACAAUUGUUAUGAAAAUAUUGUAUAAGGGUUGAAAAGUUACCUAGUGUUGUUUUAAAUAAAUGUUU